UUUGUAAAAACGGAUACAUUUUCUACUCGCAGUAGGGCGCCGUCUUUUCGUCAUGUUUUGUUUACGGCGGGUUUGGCUUUCACCCCCACGGUCCAGUUACAGCUUUUAGAUGAAUAUGGAUGAAGAUGUAAUUCCCCCAAACCCUGUCUGUCAUUCACCUCCCCUCAGUGAUUCUCCAUCACUUCUACCCCAUUCCUCCGUCACCUUCAGGUCUGCAAAUUAUGGAAAAUCUGGACGCCGGAAGAGUGGCCGCAUUCAAGAGAUCAAAGCUCAGACAAAACAGGGUUAUUCACACAGCACAGCAGCCCAAAAUUCAUCCAGACAGAAUCCGUCCCGAACAAAGAGGCACAUGGAGGGUGAAAUCAUGGUGCAGGUGUCACAGUCUAAGCUGCCAAAAGUUGAAAGAACUCAUGUACAGGAGGAGCCAAACAAGAAUGAAUCGGAAAAUUGCCUAACAGCAGAGUGCCAAAAUAAUCCAAACGACCCCAAAAAUCCACAAAGUAUGGAUGUUUCUCCCAGUCAAGAUGUCAUCAGAUCGACUGAAGAAGAGACCAUGCAGAAUCUCGAUGCAGAUGAAGCCGACAUGGACACAAGAUGGGAAUUCACCAGUUGUAACAAUACUGAGAACGCGUCUUUCUCAAAAGGAUGGGUCAUCGGCCCUUUGUUUCAGUCACUCAAGUCCAAGAUGGCCAGUUUCACUGAGAUAGUUAUGUCUCCCGUUAAACUGUUUAGGGCCAAUAGUCCUCUCCCAUUCUCGGAUAAUUUGGACCAACUUGGUCACUGUGAGGAGCAAGUUGAUGGAGAAACUGAUGUAGAGCCCUCAGACCCAGACUUUAUGUUUCCUCCACAAGGACAAAGUAAUGAUAAGAAUGAGGGAAAUGGAACUAAUCAACAAAGCCUGAGUGACAUUAGAGAAACACAAAGUGUUCCCAGGGAUGAGUUUUCAGCAUGCAGGUCUGAGCAGACUGAAUGUGUGAUUAAUUGGAAGGAAAACAUCUUACCUGAUUCAGUGCCUUUGCUACAGAGUUCUUUAGCCUGUGUUGUUUCAGAGUCUUUUGAGUCCUCCACCCUGUUGCUGCCUUCGGACAAAGUAAGUGCCUCACAACAGUCCAACAUCAGAAGAUCCAGUGAUGUGGAGGAGCAGAAAGAUGAGCUGAACAUCUAUCUGAAACCAGUGUCACUACAAGUUGCGAGGUUUAGAUCUGAAUUGGAGAACUCUGAAGACAAAACUCAAGAAUCUAACUCAAACGUCAACGACGAGCAGCUUUCUCAUCUGAGCUGGUUCACGUCAAACACUCAUCCUAGAGUCAUGAUCAACAAUCAGCCGGACAGAGAGAGUCUUCAGCGUGAUGGGGACGAUGACACUGGUAAUGUAGGAAGCUACCACCUCGGUCAUCAAGGUCUCCAGAACAAUCUGAUUGAUCAUGAAAAUGUAGCAUCAGUGAAGCCUUCAUUUGAUACACAGCAGAUGGAGGUCAAGCUAAACUCAAAUGUGCGAGCAAAGAGGGGCCUCCGAUUGAACUGUCCUUCCCAAGAUUCCAAGAGGAAAAGAGUAACGGAUGUUUCACUCGCAGAAAGUCAACAGCUAUCAAACACGGCUCCAGAAAGUGACGUAAAGAAAGGGUUGAUAGCACCAAGAACAGAAGCGGUGAUGAACACUAUUUCAGUGGAGGAUAAAACAUUAAAGCCUGGUAACAAAUUACAGGUGACAUUGACGAGAGUGCACAGAAAAGGAAAAUUUGGAAUGAAGUCCGCUGAGUUGAGCCAGAGUCGAGAGGCAAAACAGUGUACCAACAACCUUAUUUCAGUUACCAAAAGUAACUCUCAAAGUGGCAAAGCGAAAACCUCAAAGAGUUCUGGAAGUUGUAAAGCAACACUUUUAAAAGAUAACUCCCAGCUUGUUCAGACACAUUCUCCAAUUAAUUUAGACUGUUAUGUUUCAUUAAAGAGGAGCGCCAUGGCAGAAGAGAUGUUUUUCACUGACUUUGGACCUAAAACCUGUAGUUCUAGGUCUAGACAUGCUAACGGUAAGCAGGAAAAAGCAGAUGGCCUCAGAAGAAGACGCAGUUCUAGGCAGCUAAGCAGCAAGGUGAGCAGAAGGCACCAAAGUGAAGAAAGGUCCGAAUCGGUUGCAGUGCUGGACAACAGUCUGGCUGUGUUGUGCUCUCCAGAAGCCAAAUUUUCGAGGCACCUGCUACGCAGCCACUCAUGCCCAGACAUCCCAUCCGUCCAACAGCACGACUCACCCUGCACAGUGUCUCCACAUUCACCACAUCACAGCAGUAUUCACGCAUCACACCAACACAAUCAUCCUGUCUCACACUCUCACAAAUCCCAGAGGCGGGCACGGCGCCACACAGUCUGCAGCGUUGAGGUGGAGAGGGACAUUGCCCCCCUUUGUCUUCGGAAGGAGGUGUACCCAUCCAGAAGAUCUGCCCCGUAUGACCCCACAACUCAGCACCUGUCUCCUAGUCAUGCACAUUGCCCCAGCCCUUCGCUCUCAGCACUCGCCUCUUGCUUCCUAUCAAGUCCUCUGGCUUUUCUUUCCAAGAGGACAACCUACAGGGGAGCUGCUGCCGGCUCUACAUCUCCCCAUGGUCCGUCUCCCCCCUCAGCCUCCUUGUCAUCCCCAUCAAACUCCUCUGUAUGGCAUCCUCCAGUUCUCAAAUCCAGAGCAGAGUCCGCUGUGAUCUCAGACUGUCAAAGCAGCGAGAACCCCUUGCAAUGUGAGGCAGAAAGGAUACAACAGAGUGAAGAUGAGGAUUAUGGCGAGGAUGCAAGCUCUUCUAGUCCUGAGUUUGAAGAUGCUGGGUUGAGAGAUGAAAAGGCUCUGUCUGACUCUGAGAUUAAAGUUGUGAAGAAACAUGAGGAAAGAGGAAAGGUGUCUUCCAUCAAAAUUCGUAAAAGCAUACCCAAACCUCAGACCAACCUCACACCCAUGGGUCUGCCCAAACGCAUCAGGUUGAAAAAGAAGGAGUUCAGUUUGGAAGAAAUUUACACCAAUAAAAAUUUCAGCAAACCCCCAGAAAGCCGGCUGGAAACCAUAUUCGAGGUGCCUCUCAACCGCAAGAACGGCUCUGAGUCCUGCUUUGGCCCGAGACGUGUCAAACGUUUUUUGGAGUUCUUGGAGGUUGGUGAGAUAAGAAAACCAAAGAAACCUCUCGUUGGAGUUGGAAAAGCAGGUGUUCCGUCCUCCAGGACACGACGCGGAGGCUUUCCUAAAGACAAUCCGUCCCUCAGCGUUCAGGAUGUGGACUCGCUUCUCUGUGCGAAGCUGGAUGAGUUGAAUUUGUGGUUGAAGGAUAAUCAGAAAGAUAGCUGAUGGGAGCCUUCAUGCAAAUGUGUCAGAAUAAUUAAAAUACAGGAAACUGUUUAUGAAAAAUGCCCUCUCUCUUUUCCCUGCCGACUCAGUGUGUACAUAUUGUGGUGAUACACCUUGAUUUUCUUGUGUAUUCUGCAAGUUGAAAAAUAGCAUGUUCCUGCAUAAUGCAAUGUUGCCUCAUACAAGCUGUUUAGUACAUAGUGGUGAAGAUGAAUACAAUUAUAAUAAGUCAUCUUUUAAUGUGUAAGUAGAGAAAACACUCUGCUGCCCUUUUGACCUCUUAGACUCUUGGUGUCUGAUUAAGGAAGCUGUAUUUAACCAAGACCCGAUAAUUUCACACAUACUUAAGUUUGACUCUGACAGAGUCGGACAUUUCCAGCAAUAACGGUGUGUUCAAGCAUUAGGAGUUCAGCUAAAAUCCAAUUUUCUGUUCUAGCCUAUUAAUAAAAGCAGCAUUUUCACUGAU